AUGUCUUCGAAAACAGCACGUUUCUCUAUGGCAGACUGGAAGGCAUGGAAGCUCGAGCUGUGUGCGCUUGUCGGUGCGCUCCUUUCUUUCGCGAUCAUGGUCAUAGUACUCGGAAUCUUCGAUGGUCGUCCGAUAUUCGACUGGAAGAAUGUGACACUGAACGCUAUCAUUUCGGUGCUUUCAGUCGCCAUGAAGGCAAGCCUGACGUUUGCGAUUGCGGAGUUGAUCGGACAAUGGAAAUGGAUACUGUUCUCGCGAGCUGAACGGCCGCUGACAGACUUCGAGCGAAUUGACAUGGCCAGCCGUGGGCCGUGGGGCAGUCUGAGGGUUCUCUCACGGAUGCAUGGCUUCCAGGUCUUGCCCCUGCAGCUUGGUGCCCUGUUGAUCGUGCUUGUACUCGCGCUCGAUCCAUUCUCACAGCAGCUUAUUCAAUUGGAACAGCGACCCAGCUAUGGCGAACCUUCCUGGCAUACUACGCCAGGGGCUUCGUUCACCACGCUGGCGACGAGCUUCGACCAGGGCAAAGCACUGUAUGCGCACGAUUGGUCGCGCGCUGAAAACUCAACCCGCAACCCAGUCAUUAGGAUGACGACGGAGCUGGAACUGCCCAUGCAAGCGGCCAUCCUGGCUGGGCUCUCUCGUUCUCGAAAAACAAUCGAUCAACAGAGCACCGUACAGUGCCCGACCGGAAUCUGCACCUGGGACCAGUUCCAGACCCUUGGUGUGUGCCACCGGUGCCAGGACCUAACGCCAGAGUUGAAGAGGGUGGAUGAUUUCGGGGAAGUAUACAACUCCCUCUAUAAUGACGGACACGGAGACGUAUACCAGAAGGAAAACGGGACUGCCUUUAGUUUACCCAAUGGCCACUUCCUCAUGAAUAUGAAUGGCUGCUCACUCACCGACAGUACUUGCGACUACCUCAGUCCGGCAAUCGGCCAUGCGCCGCCGUCACAAUUGACCAUGUCGUCGUUUGGAACGGGGGACCCAAGCAAGACCAAUAGCAUGCGGGAUAUCAAUACUCUGAUAUGGUCCAUGAGUGUGAUCCACCUAGACUCGGCGGAGAUCGAAAGCUCCCCCAAGGAAGACUACGAGUAUGAAUGGCCUGAUAUACCGCUCCUUGCAACCGAAUGCGCGAUGUAUUACUGCGUAAAGUCGAUCAGCCUGACAGUGGAGGACAAUAUUAUCCACGAGAACGUGAAGGAGGCAACCGAUGCAGUUCGUGACCCCAAUUCCUGGCUUCUCUCUUCCUCGUCCUACGACAGCCUUGCGCCAGAGAAUAUUCCACCCGUCAACGAAUCUGCCACGCUGGAGUUUAACGAGCUUUACGCCUACGCUGGCCGAAGCGAUCUUGUCCUUUAUUUCCCGGACAACUCAACCAAGCCCACAUACUCAAUCACUGACGACGCGGUCUGGGCACUGAGCCACCGUAUGCAGGAUUUGCUUUCCACGAAUAUCACCACGGGAGCGAACAUGACUUCCGCAAUGCUCGAUCUUUUGCCAGAAGAUGCAGUCGGGUAUAACGGGGUGAUACAGGACCAGCAAAGCAUUCCGGCAGCAGUUGGCUCUGUUUGGAAUGAGGACAAGCUCAACAUAGAAGAGACCUUCGGUACGCUUGCUACGAGCAUAACGAACGGAAUGCGAGAGGAAUACGACGGCUACGCUGUUGACUAUGUGUACGGCCAUACAGGGACGCCUACGCAGUACUAUAAAGCCCAGUGGGGAUGGAUCGCGCUCCACUGUUUGGUGUUGAUUGGUGCAGCACUAUUCAUGUUGGUGACGGCGAGGAACUCAACUAGCUCGCAAAGUGUUCCUGUGUGGAAGAACAGCCCUCUUGCAACCAUUAGUGGCGGGUCGUCGGCCGUGGACAUUCUCAGGGGCGCCGAGACUAUUGGGGAACUGGAGAAGAAAGCGCGAGAGAAAAGCGUGAUGAUUCCAGUGGGCAGCGCAUCCACGUCAUACCAGCGCAUCAGGCAGAAUGAAGAGAGCAAUGGAUCUUCGACGUAG